UGGCUCACCCCUCCGCUGAAAAAAUUUGUGACUGUAAGAACAGAAGAGAGGGGCAUUAAAAAAAAAGUGCAAGUCGUCUUAGAGGAAGAGGGGGGAGUAGGUAGGGUGGGAGAGGGGUGGGGGGCAAAAGAGAAAAGGGGGCGAAAGGGGGUGGGGAAGAGGCGAGGGUACGCAUCAAUUUGUACAGUCUUCAGUUGGCACCCCUGUAUUUUUCCUACAACGAAUAGCAAGAGAUUUCCUCUGCAUUAUUGUUAUGAUCGGAGCCCGUUGCAAUAUGAGCCAGCACGAGUCUCUGUUGACAGACGACCGGGCUCUGAGGUGUACGUGUCAGCGUGCAACAUAAAACGACAAAACAGGGAGAGAAAGGAAAAGAGAGAGUGAGAGGAGUGGGAGCACGCAUCGCUGGAUAUUAUAGGUUUUGGUAGCUCUCCUCGUGUAGUACAGCCCAGUCAGUAAGCAGCUGGAACCAGUUCAGUCCCUGCAAUGGCUUGUGUUGUAAAAUGGACGUUGUAAAGAAGAAAUAAUGAAAACAAGGACACACAAAGAAUCGAUGCCCAUGCGCAGUGGGCGACGGCGGGGGGCAAGUGAGGAAAGAAGGGGCAGACGCCCGCACCCCAGCCCCUCUCGCCCUGAACGCAACGACAGACAGACGCAAAGAGGUGCUGGUGAGGAAUUGGCUGGAAAUCGCUUCAGUCGCAGAUCACAAGGGCAUGAUUCAUCAGAGAGUGAGGGGGAGGAACUUGUGUCUCCUCCAAAGAGGCAGAAAGUUCAGGAUUCAGCCCCUACUCCAAUUCCUCCAACAUCAACACACUCGACUGACAGCUCAGCUCCUUCCACUGUCCCACCUCCAACCUCAGUUGCCAGCCAAUCCCGUGAGAGUGACAAUGAAGAUGGCCAAUCUCAGGGCAGCAGGAGUUCAGUUGUAGGGAGCCUGGCCAAUAGCAGUAGCAGUCUGAGCAGCGGGAGAGAUAUAGACCAGGACAAUCGUUCCUCAUCCCCAAGUCUUUCCGCUUCCCCUUUGGGCAGCCUGGACUCUGACUCUGAUGGCCCCGAUUCACCAAAGCAAGGAGACCGGGAGAAAGGUAAAGAGGGGGGCGCAGGGAAGGUGACAGGAGAGGAUAGGAGAGUGCUGCGGGAGGGGAGGGGUGAGGAGCCCUGUGGAGAUGGAGAAAAGCGAGAUGUGGAUGCAAGAAUUGAGGACUGUCCAUCUCUUAAGCCCCCCUCCACUCCCUGCUCUUCCUCUGGACUGACUCCCUCUCUCCGUGGAGCAGGAGAUUCAUCAAAUGACAGCAAUAGUGGGAGAAAGUCAUAUUUCUCCCUGGACUCUAAGCUGAUGUGUAAAGUUGAGUACAGUGGACCGACCAGCGUUGAUGCUGCGCUAAGCAGCAGAAUGACUUGCAAAGCCAGCACACAGUGCGUGACCAAGACAACUAUCUCCGGAGGAGAUUAUUCCCAUAACAGCCCCAACAUUCCCCAUUCCCUGCCCCCUCCACUUCCUCCUCCACCUGCCCUGAAGCCUUUGGAGCUUGGGGCACAAAACAUGCCUACUGAGGUUAAGGCAGAAAGAGACAAAAUGGAAAAAGGAGACAAACUUCUGGACAAGUCUCAGUCCACUCCACCUUCUCUGUUGCCACAGACUGGUCCCCAGCCUCAGUCCCAGUCUCAGCCUCAGACCCAACCCUCCUCCCACCCUCACCACUACAGCUCCACCGGCUGGCAGGGUGGCACGGCAACUGGUUGCCAGGCUAGCUGGGGCUACACCCGUUACCCUGGCAACCACCACCCACACCAACCACAGCACCAGCCCCCAGUUCAGCAGCAGCAACUUCCCUCCGUUUACAACCCUCCAUCCUCUCGCCACUCCUCUUCCCACCCCUCUUACCUCCCCCACCCUCACCCCCACCCUCACAGGGAGUACCUUCCCAGGUAUGCUGGAGGGGGAGGAGACAGAGAGAGGGGGGGUGCAGGAGAGAGGGAGAGGGGAGUGAGGGGGGAGUGUGGGGGGAGGGAGAUCAACCGGGAGUUCUCCGCUCCGAUUGGCAACAGUAGUAACAAUAGCAGCGGGGCAAAUAGUAACAGUCCUUGUGGUGGGAUGGGUGGGCCCAAUAGCAUCCAAGGCAGAGACUUUGGAGCGCUGUCAGUCAGUCAGAACAGGGAAUUCCAAGGUUCUGGGAGAGAUGGACCUAACUUGGGGCCAGAAAGAAGAGACUUUGCUCCGGCUUUCAGAGACAGGGAGCGUGAAAGGGAGCGUGAAGGAGGAAGGGAGUUUAAUCUGCCAAACCAAAACCAGAGUAGAGACUUUGGCCCCAGUGGAGCCAGUGGGGGGCAUCCCAGAGACAAAGAUGGGAGCAGAUGGGGUGAGUUUGGGGGCCAGACGAGAGACGUUGUGGGGAGCAGUAACCCUAACAACAACUCCAUCCCACAGGGAAACCCCCCAAGUUCAACCAGCGGGCUACCUGUCACCCCCAUGCUGAACCGUGACCCACCUGCAUCUCCCCAAAACAAUCCCAGUCACACUACUCAUCCUUCCCUGCCGCCACACCCCCACCCACAUCCCCCAAACUCAUCGAACCGGGACUUACCUCCUCCCAUCGACCAGGCACAAACGCCCUCCUCUGGGGCGGAUCACUUUCACAGGGAGUAUCCACCCACCGGAGGAAAAGACUUCCCUGCUGGUGCACCUCCUUCCACUGGUACAAAUCGGGAGUACCUAAACUCCCCUGGAGUAACUCCUAACCUGGGACGAGAGUAUUCAGGGCCCGGGGGAACGCAGCACCCCCACCCACCUCAUCCCCACUACCAAUCUGGGCCUAGAGACAGAGAGAGAGACUCAAAUCUGCGAGACACUUCUCUAUACCAAAACCGUGGAGGCCCAAGUCAACCCCCUGCACUCUCUCCUUCCUCCUCUUCUAGCCAUCACGGACACCCUUUGAAUGCUCCUUAUCCCCCUCCACCCCCUCAGCCCCCUCUACCCCCACCUCAAGCCUCCCACACCCAACCACCCCCCUCAGGAAUGGCACCCAAUGUACGUCCUCCACACUACCAGUCUUCUGCCCAGACUCCUCCGACACCCCUUUCUCCUUUACCCAGCCCAUCUACCAAUCAGAUGGGAGCUUUCUCAUCUUUUCCCCCUGGCUCCUCCUCUGCAGCCAGCAUGCCGCUUCCAGCGACAGGUGUGUCAUCUAGCUGUUCGCCUGGAUGCCGCCCUUCCUCUUAUCAUAGCACUUUGAACAACCACCCUCCUUUCAGUGGAUCUUACCACUCUAACGGAAACAACAGCAGUACUAUGGCCAGCAGCAGCAGCAACAGUAGCGCACCCAACAGCAGCAAUACCAAUCCACAGUCACUCUCGCCUCAGAAUGUCUCAAAGGGACCUCCACCCCUUAGUAACUCCGCCAGCAGCAACAACAAUGGCAUCUCCACACCUGCCUCCAGUUCUUCGCUCCCUGGUGGAGACGGACAUUCGGAUUCAGGCCCGCCUCCUACACCGGUCAUUAAGGAAGAACCAAUAGAAGACAGGGAAGAAAGUGAAAGCCCACAACCUGUGAUGAGAAGCCCCUCGCCUGAACCAAAACCUGUAGACAUUCCUAUCCACGCCAGCCAGUCAGCACGGUUUCACAAGGUCCUCGACCGCGGCAGUGGGAACUCCUGCGCCCGCAGCGAUGUCCUCUUUGUCCCCCUGGAUGGCUCCAAACUGUGGAAGAAGAGGAAUGAGAUGAUUGAAAGGGCCCGCAGGGAGGUGGAGCAGAGAGCCCGAGACCUGCGAGAGAAAGAAAGGGAACGAGAGAGGGAGCGCGAGCGUGAGAGGGAGCUCGAUCGGCAUCUACAGCAGCAAAAGGAUGCCAGCGCUGCUGGAGGAGGUCGCCAGGGCUCCUCACUCUUCUUUCCUUCCUCAACCUCGAUCAUCCUCGACCCUUCGUCUUCUUCCGCUUGUUCCUCGGGCAACCCCCAUCCUCCUCCUCAUCCACAACAUCAUCACUCACAUCCUCAUGCUCACCUUCCUCCGACACACCAUCUCCACCCUACUCUCUCCCACUCUAUCCCCCACUCCCUUCUCUUACCAUCCAUGGGUGGGUCACCAGCAGUGGUUGGCGGCCCUCAGGGGGCCCUGGGAAUAGGUUUAGGAGGACCAUAUUUAGGCCCUGACACCCCAGCGCUGAGAACUCUGAGUGAAUAUGCUCGCCCCCACGCUAUGUCUCCACUUGGGGUGGCAAGUCGUGCCCCGGCACACCACCCACAAGUUCAUCAUGGUCAUCCCCACGUCCACCCCUCAUUCUUUCUUCCUCAGUUUCAGAAUCAUGCUUUAGCUCACCCACACCACUUGCCCACUGAUGCAGCUACUGCAGCAGCCAUCUUGGGAUUUUUGUAUGGUGGCAGCCUGGAAGGUGGUCCAGGUGUUGGUGGUCACCCGGGAAUGGCAGGGGGCCCAGUACCUGGAGGGAUUGGGGGUGCAGGAUUGGGAGGUGUCGGCUUUCCUCAUGCAAUGGCUGCACACCGAGAUCGGAUAAAGCCAGGAUUUGAGUUUAAGAGUGAUGAGCGGGUUUACCCACCAGGGUCUAUACCUGAUCCUGCAGUUCUUGCUCAUUCACAUUCACAUGCUCACGCCAGUGCCCAUGCGCAUGCACACUCUCUGCUCCUUGGAGGCAGUGCAGCGGGCAGUAAUGAGGUAUCAAUCUAUGGCACUCCGCCUCCACCAGCUCCACUUGGCCCACCUCACCUCCAGAACCCAACUCUGGCCCCUGUAACUCGACCUCCCAACCCUCCUGCUCCACAGUCCCUGUCGAAUCCACCCCCUUCAUCUCUGCUCCCACCCACACUCCCCUCUCACCCUUCAUCUGCUCCCCCGGCUCCCCCAGCUGCCUCUGCCGCUCCUCCCCCGGCUCCUCCUCAACCUGCCCCACCGACCUCCAACGCUACCUCACUUCACCACCCUGUCCCCCAUUCUUCCUUUCUCGGCUCCCUGUCCUCUCAUCAGCCACCAGCCCCUGCCCCGGCCGCUGCCCCUGAGACCUACCCCACUCCCACUCGCUCUCCUGCCUCUUACGAGCGAGAACGGAGUGGAGAAAGAGAGCGGGAGAGGGAGAGGGACAGAGCAGCUCUGCCGGCCUUUGGGGACAGAGAGCGAGAAAGAGAGAGGGAGAGAGAAAGGGGAGGAAGUGUUGGAGGCGGAGGAGGAGGAAGCGGAGGAGGGGGAGGGGGAAGUGGAGCCAGUACAGGUGGAGGAGGUGGAGGAGAGAAUCUGGGGCGUCUUCAGAUGCUAAAUGUGACGCCUCAUCAUCACCAGCAUUCACACAUCCACUCACAUCUUCACCUGCACCAGCAAGACACAGCGGCGGGCGGGGUUCACCCCCUGAUGGACCCGUUGGCAUCGGGGUCUCCAUUGGCACGCCUCCCUUACCCAGGAGCCACACUAGGCACCCCUAUCCUGGCACACCCCCUCACUGACAGCGAGGUGCUCCGCCAACAGCUGUUCGGUGAGGAGAAGGCUCCUCGUCCAUGUACUAGUGCUCCUUUCCGUGACUUGCCCCAGCCUUCCUCCCUCACCGGCCCUAUGUCUGCAGCCCAUCAGCUCCAGGCCAUGCAGCAGGCCCAGAGCGCAGAGCUGCAGAUCCAGAGACUGGCCCUGGAACAGCAGUGGAUCCAUCAUCAUCACCACCACUCCCUCACCCAGGAUGAGUAUUACAGUCACCUGAAGAAAGAGAGCGACAAGACCCUGUGAGGGAGGGGCACCAACAAACAGCAGCAUGGAGAAAAACCAAGGGAGAGUGUGCGCAAGAAGAGAACACAUACAGCGAAACAAAAAAAAGCACUGAAGACUCCGAACAGAGGUCGGACUCGUGGACAGGGAAAUCGCAGAAGGAAACGAGAAGAUUUUGAAGGAUUAACAAAAGAGGGAGGAGGGCGUGAAAACCUUGCACAGAGUCCCCGCGAACGGCACCAGACUCCAGCGCUUUCCUGCAUAAUGUUGUUUUGUAUUGUGCUCUGUACAGUAUAUUAGAUGGGGGCAGCAAUAGUGAAGUACAGUAUAUGUAAAAUACUUGAUGCCAGAAGGAAUGUGUACAUGAGUCCCUUUUAUGUCAUUGCAUGUAGCUAUAGGCGCUUAUUCUGAACUGGUGGAACUUUUGGUUCUAUUUUUAGUAAUUACCCCCUCCUUUGUAUCUGAGGGGCGUUCAAUAUGCAUGAGACCAGCAUUUUAGUGUUCUGUUAUGUUUACGAUCAAUAGCAUUGUUAUAAUGAUUAAUGUUGUCCGUUUGUUGAUAAUGAUAUAAUUAUAUAUACAGCACAUAUUAUUUGUAUUAUUUUUUUACAUUUUCAUGGUAUGGCAGUCAGUUUUUAUUUUUUACGUUCAAUUUAACUUGUGAAACAAGAUGCAAAGGAAGGCAAAAAAAUCUGGAAAUAAAUUAUAAUCUUUUUUUUUUGCUAGUU